GCCACAUAACAGCGCGGUCCCUUUAAAUACCCUCUCCACCCGACCCUCCGCUUGUUACCUCAUCCCCCACCCCUCGUCUUCCCGUCCCGUCUUCUACUAGAUCUUCUCCUGCUCUCCUCGGUUUAAAUUCUUCGAUCCGAUGGCGUCGCUGGACACGGACAUCAACAUGGUUCCUGCCGGCGAGGGAUCGAGCGGCGCCGCCGGGCCGUCGUCGUCCUCCAAGAAGCCGAAGCGCUUCGAGAUCAAGAAGUGGAACGCCGUCGCCCUCUGGGCCUGGGAUAUCGUCGUGGAUAACUGCGCUAUUUGCAGGAACCACAUCAUGGAUCUCUGCAUCGAGUGCCAGGCGAACCAAGCCAGUGCGACUAGCGAAGAAUGCACCGUUGCUUGGGGUGUCUGCAAUCAUGCUUUUCACUUCCACUGCAUCAGUCGGUGGCUCAAGACUCGUCAAGUUUGCCCUUUGGACAACAGUGAGUGGGAGUUCCAGAAAUAUGGCCACUAAUGGUCUUAUGCGGGGAUGAACUUGCGGUAAUCAGUUUGUUCUGCAUCCUACUAGUACGUUUGGGAAUUGGGACCAUAUCUGAAAAGUUCCAUCCAUAUUGGCUACCUUAGCUGGGUUGUUACUUUAAGCAUGCCUUCAAGCGAGGAAUGAAUUCAUACUAUAUUCCUUGAACUGUGGAUUCAUUACACUGAAGCGUUUGACUUGUGUUGAUGUAAAAGAUUAAGUAAAAGAUUAAGCAUUUCCUUGAAUUUUAACUUGUCUGAAAA